AAAACAUAUGAGUUGCCAUAGUAACUGCACUAAAAAUCAUGGCUAGUAAGCGAUCUGAAUCGGUUAAAGUUGUAGUAAGAUGUAGGCCUAUGUCGGAUAAAGAAAAAGAGAGCAAAUAUUCCAAAGUGAUAAGUAUGGAUGUCAGUAGAGGUGCGGUAAUGUUAUCGAAUCCUAAAGUUUCUCUAGCCGAACCACAGAGAGAAUUUAGUUUUGAUGCUGUAUACGACUGGAAUUCAAAACAGCGUGAUAUCUAUGAUGAGACUGUACGAAUGAUAAUAGAUGCUGUUCUACAAGGAUACAAUGGUACAAUAUUUGCAUAUGGUCAGACAGGUACUGGCAAGACAUAUACAAUGGAGGGCAUUAGGACUGAGAAAGAGAAGAGAGGAAUAAUCCCAAACACUUUUGAGCACAUCUUCUCACAUAUUGGCCAAUCAAUGAAUGAAAAAUAUUUGGUGAGAGCGUCAUAUCUUGAGAUAUACCAGGAAGAGAUUCGUGAUCUUUUGUCUAAGAACCACAAACAGCGACUAGAGUUGAAGGAGAGAGUAGAUACUGGUGUCUACGUCAAGGAUCUGACAUCGUUUGUAGCUAAGAGUGUUAAGGAAAUUGAGCAUGUAAUGACAGUCGGUAAUCAAAACAGGGUCGUAGGUUGCACUGACAUGAACGAACAUUCUUCAAGAUCGCACGCUGUCUUCAUAUUGACUGUUGAAUGCUGCUGUGAAGGAGCUGAUGGUAAGGAUCACAUUCGAGUUGGUAAACUCAAUCUUGUUGAUCUGGCAGGGAGUGAGAGACAAUCAAAAACAGGAACAUCAGGAGAACAGUUCAAGCAAGCAAUAAAGAUCAACCUUUCUCUCUCGGCUCUUGGAAAUGUGAUUUCAGCUUUAGUAGAUAGUAAAGCCACUCAUAUACCUUACAGAGACUCCAAAUUAACUCGUUUGCUUCAAGACUCGCUAGGUGGGAAUGCCAAGACUGUGAUGAUUGCUAAUGUGGGACCAGCUUCUUAUAAUUAUGAAGAAACACUAACAACACUCAGGUAUGCUAACAGAGCUAAGAAUAUCAAGAACAAGCCUCGCAUUAAUGAAGAUCCCAAAGAUGCUCUUUUGAGAGAGUACCAAGAAGAAAUUAACAGACUAAAGGAAGCUCUUGAAAAGAGAAAAAGGAGAGGAAGUGGACGAAGAAAAAAGAAGACAACUGAAAAUGGAGAAGUUGCUAGUGGAGAUGAGGAGGAGGAGGAAGAAGGAGAAGGAGACAGCGAAGGUGAAGAGAACGAACCGAAUGUGACACUUCAACAAAUGCAAGCAAAACUGGAGGAGGAGAAACAGAUGAUAAUGCAGAAUACAGGGAUACUGGCAGAAGAGAAAGACAGGUUGGUAAGUGCUGUGGAAAGAAGGGUCUCACAGCUUAAGAAAGAGCAAAAGAAAAGAGACCAGCUAACAGCAAAGAUAAAAGCAAUGGAGAGCAAGCUCCUCUGUGGUGGCUUGAACAUCAUUGAUAGAACCAGCCAGCAGCAGAAAGCACUGGAAAUGCAGAGACAAGAAAUUAUUGAGCAAAAGAGAAGAGAGCGCGAGAUUCAACAGAAACUAGAGACGGAAGAAGAAGAAUGGACGGAAGCUCAGGUCAACUAUCAAUCGCUACACGAAGAAGCUACCGUCAAAGAAAAGAAAUUGAAAAAAUUGCAGCAUAAGCUGCACAUUGUCAACUCUGAGAUCACAGAGUGUCAAGAGGAGAGGAUUAAACUGAGAGAGGAGCUCUCCCAGCAAUUGGAGAGUUUGGAGAAGCAGCUCAAGCUUCGUCAGCUGAUCAUCGAAAACUUUAUACAACCUCGGGAGUGUCAGAGAGUGAGAGAUAGAGCAGUUUAUGAGGAUGACAGGUGGGUACUGACACCAGUGGACAGUAAAAGUUAUCAUACGUUGCCUCUUAGUCUGGACAGAGAAGGAGGGCACCGCCCUAUGAGUCUCACUGCCAAACAUGCAGCUGCUAUUGGUGACGUGAGGUUCAUGGCUGAUAAUAUACUAAGAUUGGAGUUAGACAUGCCUACAAGGACAACCAGUGACUAUGAAGGGCCAACAGUCUCAGCUAGCAUACAAGCCGUCCUGGAUAAAGCAGUUCAAGAUGAGGAAGAGAUGACAAUUGAUGCUACUGUAUUCUCUGCAUCAACUAAGACACAAAAGAAAUCAAGAUCAAAGAAGCGGCUCCAGCCAUCGUCUUUCCAAUCGUCUUCUUCCUCGUCUCCCUUGUUCUCAUCAAAAGGCCCUCCUCCUACUACUACUACUGGUGGUGGUGGCGGUGGAUAUGGCAAAGGAGCAUCAGUUGAUCCUAGAGAACAUUAUCCAAUUAGAAGAGGAUUAGUUUCAUCAACCAAGAAAUAGUGUUCAUUCAAUAACAAACAUUAAUUAUAAACCAUGAAGACAUAGGCAGCCAUAUGCACACACACACACACACACACACACACACACACACCUCACAGAGAGAAACUCUGUCACUUAAAUGUCAAUUUUAUAUGAUAAUUAGAGGAAGUUUUUAUUUUAUUAUAAUUUGAAAAUAAUGGCAUCUAUUUCUGUCUUCAUUUGAUCUUUCUCUCCUCUCUCUCUCUCUCUCUCUUUUCUUUCUCUUGUGCCACCACUUAAAUUGUUAAUUUUGGCAUAAGUAAUUUGUACUUUACUACUAGCUCUUAAUAUUCUAAAUACUUCAUUAGCCCACAAAUAAAUUUAAUGGAUCAAAUGGGGGAAAACAAUGAGACAAAGUUGUAGUGACAGAUACGGUAGAUGAUGAGAAAAGUCCCCCACAAAAUCUAGUGAUUCAUGAGAACAGAAGUGGAAGAUAGAAGUGAGGAUUAUUGAGAAAGACAAAAGCAAAAA